AUGUUGAGAGCGUCCCGCGUACACUACGAUCAAGGACAGUUCGAAUUUCUUCAAUCGGAGAAAGUUACCUCUCAGAUGUUUCGAACUCUAAGAAACGCGGAGAAUGAGCGUCCGAGCUACACAGCGGCUGGCUCUAUUAUUGGUGUCACGAAUGAAUGGUCUCCAGCAAGUUACAGGGCGACGAGUGAAGGAGAUGUCCGUGGAGUAGUGGUCGCGGUGGGUUUGAGUUCUAAAGCGGAAGGAUCUAAAGCGGAGGUUCGGGUCGGAGACCGUGGCGGUUGUCCAGCACGCAAAGAGGUUGUCGGCGGAAGGAGGAGUUCGAACAGCGGCAAACGGAAGGAUUGGCGGAGGAAUCUUGUCGCAUCUCACGAAUUUCUUCAAACCAGUUUGGAGAUCGGUCACCGACUUAUAGCCAAGCUCUCCCGGUGCAUAAGAGAAAUAUUAUAA